CGCGGUUAUAUAGACCGGCGACGGAGCACGCGUGUGUGCGGACGCAGUUGCGUGAGGUGAUCUUUCCUUCUGCCGUGCUGUGGAGCAAAGCUUGUUCCUCUCCCGCUCAGCCGUGCAGAGCCUUUAGGAUUAGUUUUUUAAGUUUUUGCAGUCAGAGGGAACACAAAAUUUCCAUCCUUGCAAGUUGAAUUGACCAAAGCAAUGGUUAUGGAGAAGCCUAGUCCCCUGCUGGUCGGGCGGGAAUUUGUGAGACAGUAUUACACGCUGCUGAACCAGGCCCCGGACAUGCUACACAGGUUUUAUGGAAAGAACUCUUCUUAUGUCCAUGGGGGAUUGGAUUCAAAUGGAAAGCCAGCAGAUGCUGUCUAUGGACAGAAAGAGAUCCAUAGGAAAGUGAUGUCACAAAACUUUACCAAUUGCCACACUAAGAUUCGCCAUGUUGAUGCUCAUGCCACUCUGAAUGAUGGUGUAGUGGUCCAGGUGAUGGGGUUGCUCUCUAAUAACAACCAGGCUUUGAGGAGAUUCAUGCAGACUUUUGUCCUUGCUCCUGAGGGCUCUGUUGCAAAUAAAUUCUACGUUCACAAUGAUAUCUUCAGAUACCAAGAUGAGGUCUUCGGUGGCUUUGUAACUGAGCCUCAGGAGGAAUCUGAGGAAGAGGUAGAGGAACCUGAAGAAAGACAGCAGACACCUGAGGUGGUACCCGAUGAUUCUGGAACUUUCUAUGAUCAGACCGUCAGCAAUGACUUAGAAGAACAUUUAGAGGAACCUGUUGCUGAACCAGAGCCAGAUCCUGAACCAGAACAAGAACAGGAACCUGUGUCUGAAAUCCAGGAGGAAAAGUCCGAGCCAGUACUGGAAGAAACUGCUCCUGAGGAUGCACAGAAGAGUUCUUCCCCAGCACCUACAGACAUAACUCAGACAGUACAGGAAGACUUGAGGACAUUUUCUUGGGCAUCUGUGACCAGUAAGAACCUUCCACCCAGUGGAGCUGUUCCAGUUACUGGGAUACCACCUCAUGUUGUUAAAGUACCAGCUUCACAGCCUCGUCCGGAGUCUAAGCCUGAAUCUCAGAUUCCACCGCAGAGACCUCAGAGGGAUCAGAGAGUGCGAGAACAACGAAUAAAUAUUCCUCCCCAGAGGGGACCUAGACCAAUCCGUGAAGCUGGUGAGCAAGGUGAUGUUGAGCCCCGAAGAAUUGUGAGACACCCUGAUAGUCACCAACUUUUCAUUGGCAAUCUGCCACAUGAAGUGGACAAAUCGGAGCUUAAAGAUUUUUUUCAAAGUUAUGGGAAUGUGGUGGAGCUACGCAUUAACAGUGGUGGGAAAUUACCCAAUUUUGGUUUUGUUGUGUUUGAUGACUCUGAGCCUGUUCAGAAGGUCCUUAGCAACAGGCCCAUCAUGUUCAGAGGUGAGGUCCGUCUGAAUGUCGAGGAGAAGAAGACCCGAGCUGCCCGGGAAGGGGACCGUCGAGAUAACCGCCUGCGGGGACCUGGAGGCCCUCGAGGUGGGCUGGGUGGUGGAAUGAGAGGCCCUCCCCGUGGAGGCAUGGUGCAGAAACCAGGAUUUGGAGUGGGAAGGGGAAUUGCUCCAAGGCAGUGAAUUGCUCUUCAUUGAUCUUCACGCAGCAGUACAAAUCUUCUAGCUCCUGCAGAAUGGUGAAUUUCUUACUACACCAGCGUUUGGUAUCCUGGAGUUUGACCCAAGUCUAUUAUAAACUGCUUAAGUUUGUACAAUUUUACUUUUUGUGUUAAUGAUGUGUGCUCCCUCUCCUGCCCUUCCCUCUUCCUCACCUUUUAGUCCUUCACUUCCAAUUUUGUGGAAUGAUAUUUUAGGAAAAACAGAUUUUUAAAGAAGAGAAAAAGACUGAAUUUCCUUGCUUUACUUUGCAUAUACAGACUGGAUUUUUUUUUUUUUUUUAACAGCCGUUUCCCCAAAGGAAUGUGUCUUGCUAUUACUGACAUUUGGUAUGUUUCAUUCAUUGGAAUAUUUCUUAUUUUCUAUGUGUUUCAAAAGCCUGUGAGAAACACAGGUUUUGAUAAACAUUUUGAAGGCAGGAAAAAUCCAAAUUGUUUCUUCUUGGAGAGUCACAACUACCUUCUGGUGUGUAGAAAUUGCCAUUAGAAAAAUUGACAGUUUUGAUUCUUGCUGGUAUGGUUAAAAACUGAAUAAAAGGUGUUAGUAGAAUUUUUUUUUUCUUUUGAUAUGUGAUCACAAAACAAUUAUAAGCCUACUGUUUUUACCAUUUAAAUUGUGGGAUAGGUUUUAAAUGUCUAGAAUGCAACUGAUUUAGAUUUCUUUUGAAGUAGAAUGUUUUUCAUGUUUAAUUUGUGUUUGUAAAAAAAAAAAAAAAAAACCCAAAAAACAAAAAAGAAACCCCCAAAUCCAAAUAACACAAAACCAGAGCAAACUGUUGUGCCUUCUCUUUAUCUUUGAUUCCAGCCUUGGCAGUUGUUAAAAGAAAAACUAAAAAAAAAAAAAGUCUAGAUUUGUUUUAUCAGGUGUAGAGUAUGUUGGGGAUUGAAGAAUCCCUCUUUCACCUGGUAUGUGUUCUGUUCAUUUGUUAUGCCUUAUUUUUAAAAUUGAGUUUCAAACUGGAAUGCCUUUAAAGGACAGAUAUGCUUCUAUAGAGGUCCUUUGACCUAAAUAGUCCACCAUUUGUAUUAAGUUUUAUUUCGGUAUCUCUUCAGAAUCCUAAUCAUAGCCCAUAAAAAGGAAUAUGACUUUAAUAUUGGACUUUGUGCUUGAGUGCCCGUUUUUUUUUUCUUUAAAUCAUAGCCAUAUGGUAAAUUUUCUAUUUUGUUAGUGGUUAUCUUUUAUUGAUGGGCAUGCAGUGGAUGUUUCUUGGAAAUGGCCAAUUUUUAUUAAAAUAUUUCUGGAAGAAAAUUUAACCUGGCAAUAUAGACUAAUAUUCGUUUUACAUAGUAUGUUAAUUUCUUGAGUGCUGUGUGUGAGGUGGGUGAAGGUUUUGUUUACACAUUUGUGAAGCAAGCCUUUGUGUGAUAACUUGUCAUACUAAUUGAAGGACAACGAGGUUGUCAAAUUUAACUUAUUUAUUUUCUUAACCGUUUCUUAAUAGUGUUCAUCAUUAGGACUGUUUGAGGAUAGUAUAUGAGUAGGAAUAGGAAUGUUUGUUUUGCUGUUACUGGGAAACUCUAGGUUUGCUGAAGGGUGUAGUCUUAAACUAAAAUGAAGUUUGAUAUUAUCAGUCCUCAGUACCUAAAAUAUUUGAAAAUUGGCAACAUCUCCUUCAUAAAGAAACUUCUAUAACUGAGUCACAUGGCUUUUUUUGGGUCAGCUUAAAUAACUAUUUGGUAACCACUUCAUUUGGCCCAGGCCAGUGAUAAUUGGAAGACAUUCAGCUUGUACUUUUGUAGCUUAUAUUAAGCCUGUGGUGGAAAUAAAAAAAAAAAAAAA